AUGAAAAAAGAAACAUCAACAACAGUUACUUAUUAUUGUGUCACUGUAGAAUUGACUUAUCAAAUGCAAAAUAAUAAACAAACUUCCCACAUCACACUUAUCAACAGUGCUACAAAUCGCGAAGUUCUUCAAUCUCAAUUUGUCGACUGUCGAGAACUUCUUGCUUUAAUUAAGUGUUGUUCAUAG